CGCGUCCCGCCUUGGCGAGGGAAAGGUGGACGCGCUUGCCGCUCUCGAGCGCCCUGGAAUCGCCACAUUUCUUGAGAAGCGCAACUAGAUCGGGGUAUGAUGCCGUGCGUCAAGGCGCUGAUCGAUCGCCCUGCUCGCUGCCACUGCGCAAGAAUCUCUGCGAUCGAGCAGCAAAAGCAGCCGCAGCCAGUUUUGAUUCACCGGCUCAUCGAUGAUGCAUUCAAGGAGCUGGAUCUCGAGCUCUUGAGAACCAAGGUGAAGGGCGCGAGGAGGAGGCAACACUGCAAUCCCAUGAAGGCUUCUUUGAUGGAGCCUCUUACUCUGCCUGACUGGAAGGAUGUUUUCGCCGAUCCUGCAUUGCCUCUAACGGUCGACAUUGGCUGUGGACAGGGCAAAUUUUCUCUGCUGUUAGCAAAGAAAAAUGCCGGUUUUAAAAACUACCUGGGCCUUGACGUUCGCCGGAUGCUGGUCGAGAAGGCUAAUGUUUGGGCCAAGGAGCUGAAUCUCGUCAAUGCACACUUCCUGACUGCAAACGCAACAGUGUCUUUUGGCUCGUUGCUACCAACUUAUUCGGGAAGACUCGAGCUUGUAUGCAUUUUGUGCCCGGAUCCGCAUUUUAAGCUACGACAUCGCAAGAGACGAAUCGUCCAGCCAGCUCUAGUGAAUGAUAUUAUCAGAUACACUGCUGUAGGUGGAAAAAUUUUUCUUGAGUCGGACGUAGAGGAGGUUGCGGUGGACAUGAGAAACCAGUUUGAGACACACCUUGGCGUUAUUACAAAGCUUGACGAGCCUUCUCUGCAAGACACAGAAGAUGGCUGGCUGCUGGACAAUCCCCUGGGAGUUUGCAGUGAACGAGAGAUUGCCGUGCUCGCCCAAGGUGGAAAGAUGUACCGAGCUAUUUACCAACGGAGAUAAUCUAACAGUAUAGCUGAAGAGUCAGGCAAACCAUGGGCCGGCAGAGGCGCUGUUUCCACUAUAAUACCUUCAUUUGUGAUCACAGGCUUCCAGUCGUGGCUUAGCAGCAGGUAAUGCAAGAAAACGAGCAUCUCCAUCUU